CUUAGGCGUGGGCUCUGGGCAAAAAGUUUAGUUUCGUGAAUCAGAGGAGUCAUGGCCGCUUUUCAAACUGACUUUGCUUCCCAUCUUAGCAUAGACCCUACGCUUAGUAAGCACAGGAUUGGACACUAUCUAGGUUUUUUCUUAAUUUCAGUUUUAGAUGGUGAAUCUGUUUCUGGAGAGGACUAUAUUUCAUAUACAUACAGUACUGCCUCCCCUGAAUCCAUUUCCGAGGAGAAGGGGAAUCCAGAGAUGCAAGUUUGCGACGGUGAACUUGUACUUAAGACUGGGCAAGAUUAUAUUCCACCUGAUGUUCUGGUGACGCCAGAUAAGAUCCACUUUGUGGAUCGGCAUUUUGAGCAAAAAAUAGCUAAAUCUGCUAGAAGUGCAUUUAUUUCUAAUAAUAGGAUACAACCUUGGCAUUUCCCAUAAACUAGACAAGGAAUAGCUCCGCAAGACUAGGCAGGGAAACGCUGUUAUUAUAACUUUGUUGCAAUCAAAAUUAUGUUAGGCCUACUUUGUAAUGAUUUAUUUAUGUUGCAACAGAUACUAAAGUGACAUUAUUUUAAUUAUUUUAAAUAGAUGCUCUUUGAAAUAAAAGUGAAAGGAGGGACACGCAAA